AGCAGCACGUAACUAACGUUGCUAACGUAACGCAGUUCAACAAUCUUUCGCUAGUGUGGCUGUGGCACCGCACAGACAGGCACGCUCACGCAGGCACCAAGGUGAAAACGGGAGAUGGGCUGAAAUCCUGCACACGCUGAUUUUUUUCCCCCAACUUCUUCAGUGGUAUAGAGCCAUCUUUUGCCGGGUAGCGCACUCGUGGCAUGAGCAGCCGGCGCCAUGCCUUACGUGGAUCGGCAGAAUCGCAUCUGUGGCUUCCUGGACAUCGAGGAGCAGGAGGGCAGCGGCAAGUUCCUGCGCCGCUACUUCAUCCUGGACACGGGCCAGCAGGGCAGCCUGGUCUGGUACAUGGAUAACCCACAGAAUCUGCCUGUAGGUGCAGCCUGUCAGGGUUCCCUGAAGCUCACCUACAUCUCAAAGGUCAGCGAUGCCACCAAGCUGAGGCCCAAAGCUGAGUACUGCUUCGUCAUUAACGCCGGCAUGAGGAAGUUCUUCCUGCAGGCGAAUGAUCAGCAGGACCUUGUGGAGUGGGUCAAUGCACUCAACAAUGCAACCAAAAUCACUGUGCCAAAGCCCUGUGAGGCCGCCCAGACAGGUGAGUUGCAGCGAGGCCAGUGUGAAGGCCAGGCCACUAGGAAGCAGGUCUCCUACAAGACCGAGAUCAUUGGAGGGGUCCCCAUCAUCACGCAGACACAGCAGGAGGGGACGGACGGCCAGAACGGAGGCGAGAGGGAGGUGCUGAAGCGCGCCCACAGCCAGCACCCCUACCGGCCAGCCCAGGAGCAGAGCGUGCUCAAGGCCGGCUACUGCGUCAAACAGGGCGCUGUGAUGAAGAACUGGAAGCGAAGAUAUUUCAUCCUGGAAGAGAACUCCAUGAGCUACUUCAAGUCUGAUCUAGAGAAGGAGCCCCUGCGAGUCAUCUCCCUGAAGGAGGUCCACAAGGUGCAGGAGUGCAAGCAGAGUGACAUAAUGAUGAGAGACAAUCUCUUUGAAGUCGUCACGUCCUCAAGAACCUUUUACGUCCAGGCUGAUAGUCCUGAGGAGAUGCACAGCUGGAUCAAAGCCAUCUCCGGGGCCAUCGUGGCCCAGAGAGGGCCCGGACGCACAGCCGCUUCUAUGCGUCAGGCCAGGCGGCAUUCGAACCCUUGUAUUCAGAGAUAUUGGGCCCGCGUCGCUGAAGGCAGCACGUAUGAGCACUCUGUCGGUUCCUCCUUUUUCUACCGCUCCCUCUCGUGCGGCCCCACCGCUCAGCCGCCCGGCGCUGCCGUUCCACCCUGCUGUGAGUGGCGAGGUGCCGCGCGCCCUGGCCUGGGACAGCGAGCACUUCAUGAGCCUGCUGCCGCUGCCCCGCUCGCAGGCCCGCCUCUCCCUGCAGGAGACGCGCCUCUCCAAGUGAGCUGCCAGCAGCAGGAGGAGGAGGAGAAGGAGGAGGAGGAGGAGGAGGAGGAGGAGUCGCCAUGGCGACGGCGCAGCAGCUACGAGCCGUGCGCUACCACGGAGCCCCCCCUGGACCUGGAUGACGCCGAGCUGCCAGUCAGCCUGGUCUGACCCGUUCCGUUCACCCCCUUCUACUAGUUGCUGGGUGAAAGUGAGAGUGUGAUAUGGUGGCAGAGAUGAAGGAGUGGGGGCGGGGGGGGGAUUGGAAAGAAGUAAUUGGAAUCUAAAGGCAUGAGUAGAAGAAGGGAGCAGGCUUGACCUGAAAGGUGUGAGGAGAUUGGGGAGGCUUGGGAAACCUUAGCAAUGGAGGGGUCAGCGCUCCCAGCAUCCUCCAGGCUGGCUUACACUGAUCAGCACAUCCUUUGGGGGCCUCUUUCAGACCCCGCUCUUUUUACUUUCUAGUUUUUUUUUUGCCAAUUGGACAGGCCCUCUCCCCGGGUGGCCAUGCUGCCAGUCUUGAGCUAUAGCAAUGGCACCAACCACUCCCAACGCGUGAUUGCUGUAGGCUAGCAGGGUCAGGGAAGAUUACAGGCUGCAGGAAAAGGCUGGUAAUGAACAGACUGGAAAAGGGGAAAAUAGUUUCAAGGUAAUGUGGACAGACAGCUGUCCACGGGGAACAUAAUCCUCUCUAGGAUACUUACUGAAGUUUUGGAAAGCAACGCGUGUGUGUGUGUGUGCGUGUGUGAAUGGACUGGCUAUCCCAAGGGUUACAUUUUUUCCCCCCUCUUUUUCUUAGCUUGAAAUGAUCUGAGGCCUUCAACACAGGAACUCCCUGAAAGAGAGCCUAUGCAGUUAUCUGCCAGUUUAUUCUACUGUAUAACACGGUUUGUUUUAGAGGUUUGUCUUCUAACCACAUAAUAAAUGCGCUAUUCUGAAACAGAUGAAA